CUCUACGCCGUCUCCCGCCCACUGGGCGCUGCUGGCUAGCCGGGCUACAGAGUAAGCCUCCGGCAGGGUAGAGUGACAACUCCCCGAUCGGAAGUUACUGUUGAAGGUAAGGCGGCCAUAACUGAUAAUGGCAACAGGAGAUUCCUGGCUUCCUGUUUCCAGGGUGACGUAGAUUCUUUUCCUUCUCCAGUCUCACCGUUACCCUGGGCAACAGCUGAGCCGUCUGGGAAGGGAUGCAUCUUUUCUUCUGUAUGCUUGAGUCAAGAACUCUCAGUCAUCUUGGUAAUACCGGAUUGGAUGCUUAAAGCUGCAGCAAGAAGACCAGAACUUUCAGGAAAAAACACUAUAUCCAACAACUCAGAUAUGGCGGAAGUGAAGUCAAUGUUCCGGGAAGUUCUUCCAAAACAAGGGCCAUUGUUUGUGGAAGAUAUAACCACAAUGGUGCUGUGUAAACCCAAACUUUUACCCUUAAAAUCUCUGACUCUGGAAAAACUAGAGAAAAUGCAUCAAGCAGCACAGAAUACAAUUCGCCAACAAGAAAUGGCAGAAAAGGAUCAACAGCAAAUAACCCACUGAAUGAUAACUGAGCAUUUUAGGGAACAACCUGCCUUAUCUACUAUUUAACAGUAACUAGAAAAUAUGCUUGUGUGUGCUGAAAGUAGUGUUAAUAUUAUCAAUAAAAUUGAUAGUAUUCAUAUAAAUACAAAAAUAUCCAAGAUUGAUGAAAUUUGUAUUGUGAAUGUAAACACUCUGGUUUGUAUUGAACAUCAGCAGUUAAACUAUAAACCAAGUUUAAUGGGGUUUAAGUCAUGUUUUUAGAAUUGCAAAUUAAAUUAUUUGUUCACCAUUCCUAUUGCUAUCUUUUAUAGAUAACAUUCUUGGUAUCUUUUAUAACAUUCUUGGGCACAAGGGACUAAAUACAGCUUUUAUAUAGAGGAUCUUUACAUGUUUAUUAAAUCUGAAUUUGAAGAUACAUUCCAAUCUUGCAUAAAGUGUUCGUUGGGCUUUUACAUUACGUAAUUUAAAAAAUUUUUUUAACCAAUUUUAUGUGCCAUGUCACGUUUAAUGCUAUCUUGUGUGACCACAUCCUACCAGUAAUGACAAAACUGUCUAAAACCUCACUUUUUUUUUUUUUGAGACAGAGUUUCGCUCGUUGCCCAAACGAGUGCAAUGGCACCAUCUCGACUCACUGCAACCUCUGCCUCCCAGGUUCAAGCAAUUCUCCUGCCUCAGCCUCCCAAGUAGCUGGGAUUACAGGCAUGUGCCACCAUGCCUGGCUAAUUUUGUAUUUUUAGUAGAGACAGGGUUUCUUCAUGUUGGUCAAGCUGGUCAUGAACGUUUCCCAACCUCAGGUGAUCUGCCCACCUUGGCCUCCCAAAGUGCUGGGAUUACAGACGUGAGCCAACGCUCCCAGCCCUUAAAUCUCAUUUUUAAGAAACCCUCACCUAUUCUGUAGUCAGCUAAGCUUCUAAAUUUUAAGCACUUGAGAAUAAAAUGACUGCAUUUAUCAUCCAAGUGUCAAUUAAAAACCUAAAAAUGGUUUAACUAUAUUUAUAUAAGCCAAGGUGAUAUGGGCUUGAUAAAGCCCAUGAGGUAAAUAUGAACAUUAAACUUGGUUUUAAUUCUAACAGACUGUAUCUAAACCUGUAAUCAGUAUACUCCUAACAGUACCCUCAUAAAUUCUGAAUAUAAUUCUUGUUUGCUGCAGUCAAUAUUUGGCAAUUUAAAUUAGCAUAGACCUUGAGGCCUUGCUGGGUUAUUAGGCUAUGUAAAAGAGGUUAAAAAAAUGAUCAUUCUUUAUUAUUAAUUGGUAAUAUUUUCUCAUACAUUGGUUAAAUGUCAAGCUUUGAGUCUUUGGAGUAUAACUUUUUGUAACAUUAGCCAUUAUUUGGUAACAGAAUUUAAGGAUGAUGGAAUGAUGGAAGGUAUUACCUAUUUCUAAAAAUUAAGCUCUAGGUCAGAUAACAAUGGAGUAGAGUGAUACCUGCAUUUUUUCCCCCAGUGUAAUCUUAAUUUACUAUUGUACUUUUCACUUAAAAUUUUGCAGGGAAAAAAAGUUUUCAAGGAACACCAAGAUUAAAUUCACUAGGUUCAAAUAUGCUUCCUUAUGAGAUUCAAAAUUUACUGUGUGAAAUUAAAGUUUAAGAGACCUAAAAUAAUGUACUCCCAAUAAAGAAUCAACACUGCUUCA